UGCGUCGACGGGAAAUAUUCGUGAAUCAUUAGUGCAUCCACCAUUUCUACACACAAAGGCCCGACAUUGUGUGUGUGUGUGAGUGUGCGCUUAUUUUUUUUUCGGCGGUGCAACGUCGAAUUUCCAUAAUAAUCGCUAGCACAAUGUUUCUGAGCAGAUCACACUACGGGUUUUUACUGAAGUUGUGCAAGAACAACGAAAAUGUUAUACAACGUUUGUUGUCUGCCAAAGCUACUUCUAAGCCAGCAUUUAACUGGCAAGACCCCUUUAAUCUGGAAGAUCAACUAACGGAGGAGGAACGAGGUAUUAGAGACACCUUCAGAACCUACUGCCAAAGCAAAUUGUUACCCAGAGUCAUAGAGGCAAACAGAAAUGAAAUAUUCCACAGAGAAAUCAUGACUGAACUAGGAGAGAUUGGAGCACUGGGCUGUACCAUCAACGGCUACGGUUGUGCUGGUGUGUCUAAUGUGGCCUACGGCUUGCUAACUAGGGAAAUUGAAAGGGUUGACAGUGCCUACAGGUCAGCAGUGAGUGUGCAAAGUUCCUUGGUGAUGGGAUGCAUCCACGACUUCGGCACUGAGGAACAAAAACAACAGUAUUUGCCCAAACUAGCCAAAGGUGAACUGGUGGGUUGCUUCGGAUUAACUGAGCCCAACCAUGGUAGUGACCCAGGUUCAAUGGAGACAAAAGCCGUUUAUGACCCCAAAUCGAAAACCUACAAAUUGAACGGCAGCAAAACCUGGAUUUCCAACGCCCCCCACGCAGACGUGGGCAUAAUUUGGGCCAAAUGCGAGGACACAAAGAUACGUGGCUUCAUAGUCAAAACUUCCCAAAAAGGGUUCAGCUGCACCAAAAUCCAGGGCAAGUUCUCCCUCAGGGCGUCCAGCACCGGCACCAUCUCGCUUGAUAACGUCGAAGUGCCGGAAGAUCACGUGCUUCAGGUGGAAGGUUUGAAGGGUCCGUUCAAUUGUUUGAACAAUGCCCGCUACGGGAUUGCUUGGGGGUCGUUGGGGGCGGCUGAGAGUUGUCUGGAGAUUGCCAGAGGUUACACCCUGGACAGGAAGCAGUUCAAGAAGCCCAUUGCAGCUAAUCAGCUCAUCCAGAAGAAGCUAGCCGACAUGAUGACUGAAAUUGCUUUGGGAUUGCAGGCUUGUUUGCGUGUUGGACGUUUGAAGGACAAAAAUUUACACACCCCCGAAAUGAUCUCGAUUUUGAAAAGGAACAACGCUGGAAAAUCAUUGGAAAUAGCCAGAGUGGCAAGGGACAUGCUUGGAGGCAACGGCAUUCAGGAUGAAUACCACGUCAUAAGGCAUGUGAUGAAUUUGGAGAGUGUCAAUACCUACGAAGGAACGCACGAUAUACACGCUUUAAUAUUGGGAAGAGCAAUUACUGGAAUAGCUGCUUUUUAAUGGUACAAAUCAUGUUAUCACAUGGUGUUUACAGUAAUUUCUAAACCAAAAGCGUAUUACAAAACUACAUGUUUUUAAUUUCUGAUGUUUUUAUAAUAAAUGAUAAAUAAAAAAUAUGUUGUGUUA